CUGCAGCAGGACACGCCCCUGGGCUGAAUGGAGUGCGCCGUGCGUAAAGUCCGAACGGCAGCGGAUCCAUUUUUCCCCCCAAAAACCCUCACUUAGCGGUUUCUAAACACGCAUCCAUCACCACUGUUGAGUCGCUCAAAGUGGAUUAAAUGCAGCGAUGACGCGAGAGGAAGAUCUCACCCGGAUCGCGAAGAAACUGGACAAGAUGGUGUCUAGGAAUAACACGGAGGGCGCCAUGGACCUCCUGAAAGAGCUGAAAGGUUUCAACAUGACGCUCAAACUUCUCCAGGAGACAAGGAUUGGCAUGUCUGUGAACGGGAUCAGGAAGCACUGCACAGACGAGGAGGUCAUUGCCUUGGCCAAGGUCCUCAUUAAAGACUGGAAAAGACUUCUGGACUCAGGCCACACCCACUCUGAGAAAGCGGCUGUAGUGAAGAACGGACUGGACUCCGGCAAAACAACAGCGUCUCCAAACAGCUCACCCGCCGAGACACAGAGUAGUCACAGGAGACUGGAUGUCAAACUGAAGCAUGACUCAGAUCCUGACAAAAAACACACAGAUAAAAACAUGAAAGAGAAACAUAACGACGAGCCCAAAAACAAAAAAAGACACGCGGGUGACCUCGGGAACGGAAAGCACCUGGAGGAGCCCCAAAACGAGAGACAUCCGCAAGAAAUCAGAAAAGAAAAGCAUUUCGAAGAGGCCAAGAAACAAAAAGCUGUGGAGGAUCCCCAACUGGAGAGGAAUAACAAGAAACAGAAACAAUUGCAAGACCUGCAAAGUUUAAGACACAAGCUACAACAAAAGAAGGAAAGGUCGUUGGAGGAAGCAAAAAUGAAGACACACAUGGAAGAAGUGAAUAAGGAAAAACCCCACGAGGAGCCUAAGAAGCACAGAGAAGAAAGUAGACACGAGAGGCCGCACAGCGAGAGGCCGCCUAGCGAACCCCGGAGAGAGAAACCUGCUGAUGUUCACAGGCCGAUAUUUGAAAGGAGGGGAGUCUUGGACGGCAACCUUCUGUAUCCCUCCCGCUUCCCGUCUCCUCCUCGGCGUGCUCGGCCUCCUCUCCCGAUCAAACGGCCGUCUGUGGACGUGAAGAAAGACAGGAAGGACGGGAAGGACCCUCCCCCCCGACAGCCUUGUCCUGCUCGACCCGCGUCUCCUCCGGCGAAGCAGCGACCUCCGCUCGAGGUGAAGAAGGAGAGGAAAGUUCCACUGGACCCAAAUGCUCCGAUAGCUCCGCUGCCUUUCCACCUUCAUCCUCCUCCCUCGAGAAAAGAGCCCCCUGACCCCAACGCUCCUCUUCCUCCGCUCCCUCUUCACCUGCACCCCCUGCCGCCUGCUCCGAAGCGGCCCUCGCUGGACGGGAAAAAGGAGAGAGAGAGCAGGAAGGAGACGCCAGACUCGAAACCUCCUCCACAGAAGAAGACGUCAGAUCAUGUGAAGAAAGACAGGAAAGACUCAUCAGAUAGCAAAGUGUCUAACAAACACUCCGAUGAAGCCAAGAGAGAAAGGAAAGAUUCGUCUGAGUCUAAACCAUCGCCUCCUAAAAAGCCCAGUUUGGAUGUGAAAAAAGAAAAACACAGGAAGGACUCCUGUGACUCGAAGCCUGGACAACCUGUGAAACGUCAUUCAGUCGACUCCAAACCUGAAAGAAGCGAGUCCACCGAUUCAAAGAAGAGCAGCUCACUACCACCAAAGAAGCUAACAUUGGAUAGGAGAGAGUCUCAGGGCUCUAAGACCUCUCAGCCUGGACCUCCACAGAGGAAGCCCUCGACUGACAGCAUUGAAAGAAAGGGAAAACCCGGCACCCCUAAAAGUCCCACCACCCCGACCAGCCCCAUGUCCCCCAGCUUCAGCUCUGCCGGGGGUGCGCUGUCCCCCCACCUGGCUACUGGAGACACCGUCAGGGACAAAUGCAUUGAGUUGCUGGCGGCUGCCCUGCGCACAGACAACGACUACAAAGAUUUUGGAGCAAACUGUGACGGCAUGGCAGCAGAGAUCGAAGAUCAUAUCUACCAGGAGAUAAAGGUCACUGAUAUGAAAUACAAGAACAGAGUCCGCAGCCGCAUCAGCAACUUGAAGGACCCCAAGAACCCGGGGCUUCGCCGGAACGUCCUCGCACGGAGCAUUGAUCUAGGCCGCAUCGCCAGCAUGUCUGCCGAGGAAAUGGCCAGCGACGAGCUGAAGCAGCUGAGGAACGUUCUCACCCAGGAGGCCAUCAGAGAGCACCAGAUGGCCAAAACUGGGGGCACCUCCACCAACCUGCUGCAGUGCAGCAAGUGCAGGAAGAAGAACUGCACCUACAACCAGGUGCAGACACGCAGCGCUGAUGAGCCGAUGACCACAUUUGUCCUCUGUAAUGAAUGUGGAAACCGCUGGAAGUUCUGCUGAGGCCUUCCGGGUGAAACCAAGUGUUUUUUUUUUUUUUGGUGCAUAUUGAUCUAGAUAUUUUCUAUAAUACGUUUAUACAUUUUUGCAGCUAGUGUUUUGAGAACAGUAGUAUUCUUACGAUUUGUACUUGAAAUUUUGACAUUGACGAGCAUGUGCUGAGAAUAUAAUUUUUUUUUGCUUUACGUGAAUUUGAAGACUGAGCAGGAGUCAAGAAAUCAACCCACUUGGAGAAGACUUAAAUCAUUGUCAUGGUGCUAUCAUGACAGGACUGCCAUUGUAAUACAGCUAUUUUGUAAUCUCAUAUUACAGCUGUUCACUCUGUAAAUAUGGAAUGCCAAUAAACUGCAUAAACCAUCA